CUCAAAGUCAGGCUCAAGGUCAUGGUCAGAGCCAAAUUCAGAACCAACCUCUUCGUUCCCAUGAGCAUCCCCUCGGGCUAGAGCUGGGAGAGAUUGCGAUUCCCCGUCGAUCAAGCUCUGUCAAUAGACUCUCUUCCUCCAAUGACGGCAAUGGCAGAUCUGGAGACGUGCAGAACUCUGGUGCUGCUCAAGUUCGACACAAGUCGCCCUUUGUAAUACCACACAGUGCUCCACCUACACCCACAAUGUCACCUCCUCUUGGUAGGAUCGGCAAGGAUCCUCGAAGUCCUGGUGCUGCAUCUCCCACUGAAGGACUAGGUGCAGGAUGGAAGCCAAUUGAGUCCAACUCCUCCAACAAUCACGGCGCGAAUGUCGGUAUGCCCACCCACAAUCUCCCUGUAGGCUCUCCCAUUGCACCUCAGCAGUCCUUCGUGCCUGGCCCCACAAUCCCCACAUCCAGCAAUGGCAGACCCAGCACUCCCUCCCCCGUCUCCUCUAGCUCUACCUGUACGCCAUCCAACCCCAUCUCCACCACCUACCAGAUCACCCCAACAGGCUAUGUCAUCUUCGGCAACGAUCUGCGCAGUCAGCAAGUUCGACGCGACAUGGAGGAGCUCCUCUCCGUCCUCUUCCCCGGAACCACCAUCCAUACUGGACGUGCAGAACUGGCAGAAGCUGAAUCUCAAUUGCUUCGACUGGCACAGAGUCUAGCAGUAGCGUUUCAUAAGAGGUGGUUUCUUUUGCAAACGGCGCGAGGGGAUUACGAUGACUUGAGGGGUCCGAAUGGCUCCAUGUCUCUUUUCAACGUCGAGGCUCUCCAGAGGGCUUUCAAGAUUGUGGGGAGUUCUGGAGCUGCUGAGGGAUCCUUGAGGAGGGGUAGAGAGCUGGAGCGGGAGGCGGAACGCUGACCUCUCUACCACUCUCCCUCUCCCUCUCUCCCUUUCUGAUCUUCUCACUGCUUGGCAGCAGUCAACAAUCUCCUCCUCCUCCACUCCCUCACCUUCCACUCCACACCAAAACAACUCAACCCUCUUCUCCUCCUC